AAUAGAUUGAAAAAAUUAACAAAAAUAGAAAGAAUAGAAAUUAGAAAUUAUUUUUAAUUUGUUGUAGUUUUGGUUUUUGGGUUUGAAACACAGAAGUACAGCAAUGAAGAUACACCCUCAUCCUCUCUUCUAUACUACUGUCAUCUCGUUCCGUUCGAUCUUUCUGCUUCUCUCAAUGGUAGCCUUGUUUUGACACGUGUAUAAGCUUCUGAAGAAUUGCAGUUGGAAUAAUCUAUGCCUGGAAACGACGUUGGUGAUAGGGUCCACAAUUUUCUUGACCAAGGUAGCUUGUCGCAGGACCAACGCCAUACACAACUUGUUGGGGCGAACUGGCCCUUAUUAGAUAACAAUAUAUGGAAUGCAAGCGAGAGACAGAUUGGUGGGCCUUUGAAUUCUGGAUACGUUAAUUACAGUGCACAACAAUCAGACAUUGAGAGGGGACAAGGCAAUCAGUUCUCACCGAGUCCUCAUGGGGUUAACUUUAUUCGGCCAAGUUUGAGACCUGAAUUUUCCAAAAGCCCAUCACAGCUUCAGCAGUUAAAUUUAAAUGGAUUUAUGCAUGCAUCUCAAGUUGGACAUACAAGACAGAAUGAGGGUAACUUUUUGGGAGUGGAUAGAGAACCUGAUCGACACAAUAUGACGAGAAGAAGUCCAUCUGUUCUUGAAUCACAUCAGAGGAGUGGUUCACAGCACUCUAAUGUGGCAAGUUUUGGAGGCUUAGAAUCACCAAUGAAUUUCAACUUUCUUGGUGGCCAACAGCGAAUUAAUGGGCAGCAACCAGGAAUGCUGCAAUCCUUUCCUCGGCAACAGCCUGUUAACAACGAUACUCAGUUGCAGCAGCAAAUCAUGCUUAAACAAAUGCAAGAGCUACAGAGGCAUCAUCAGCUUCAACAACUGGAAGCAAUGCAAAAAAGUACGGCAAACGACAUUUUAUCCUUCGGAAAUUCGGCAGCAGGACAUCCACAAGCUGUUAAUGGCAAUCCUAUGCGUGAUACAUCUAAUCAUAUAUGGCCCCCUCAAGCCAUGGUUGGCAACACAAACUGGCAGCAGCGAGGGCUGUCUUCUGCGCAAGGAUAUUCUAAUGGAUUUGUGAAUACCCCAGAUCAAGGGCAUGCAAUGCAGUUUAUGGGAUUGGAACCUCAGCAAACUUCACAAUCUCUGUAUGGGGUUCCCGUUUCUAGUUCACGAAGGGCCAAUGCAUUUUCUCAGAGCAACAUGGAUAAACCUGGAAUGCUUCAGGUUCCAACUCCAAGUAGUUCUUUUCCUGGAAAUCAAUACGGUUCAGUUGGAGAGCAGGUCAAUGCAAAGGAUGGAAAUAUGGUUUCCAGAUAUGGAUCAGAAGGGAGAAGUUCAUAUGAACAGGCAUCCAGUCAAUGUUUAGCAAAUGUGAAUCUCGGGGAAUUCACAAAGGCGCAGCAGAGGAAUGUGCCAAUAUCAAAAGGUGGUGGACAAGGUCUUGGUGAGUGUUCAGAAUUGUUUCCUGAAAAACCUGUAACUCAGUCCUCUUCACAGUCUGCUUCUACGCAGACUGCUAAUGGUUUAGAUCCAACUGAAGAAAAGAUUUUGUUUGGUAAUGACGAAAAUACUUCUAUUUGGGAAGCAUUUGGUGAGGCAUCACUUACAGGAAGUGGAGAUGCCACAGAUCUGCCCAGUAGCAUUCCCUCGCUGCAAGGUGGUACCUGGAGUGCUCUUAUGCAGUCUGCUGUUGCAGAAACCUCCAAUACUGAUGCAGGGAUGCAGGAUGAUUGGAGUGGCCUAGGUUCUCAAAACUCUAGAUUGCAGUCUGGCAACCAGCAUCCUUCAGUUAUUAAUAGUAAUGAGACAUCACAACUGAAUUUUGUUGACAGCUUCCAGAGAAGCUCACUGGGUUCCCAACAUGGUACCAAUAAUGUUAGCACCCAUGAUGCAACUUUGAAUGCAAAUCGUAUGAAUAGUUCUAUGAAACAGCAGCCGUUUCUGAAUCAAAGAAAAGAAUAUCAACAAACAGAAAGUCCGCGUGAAGGAAGAAGGUGGGUAGACAGCAGUCAGCAUAAGUCACAUGUUGAAGAGAAGCACAUGCGGGGAAAAUCUAAUUCUUCUAGGGACUGCUUGAGUACAGAUGCUGGCUUUUGGAGCCAUCAGCAGAAUACAUUUUUGCCUGACAACAAUGUUCAACAAUCCAAUCGACCAAACCCUUCAAAUUUCUUUGGAUCUACGCCAACUAAUGGAGCUUUAGCCUCUAGUAACCAAAAUAACUUGCCCGAUAAAGAUCAUAACUUUAAGAUGUACAUGGAUACAGGUCAUGGUUCUGCUUCGAGGCUUGAACCUGUUCCAAAUUCUGAUAUGAAAAUGGGAAGUGGGCAUUUCAUUUCAAAAGAUGAUGCUGUUGCACCGGGUUUGAGUAAAAUGAAGAUCAAUUUUGAAUCUAGCAAACUUCAUAAUAAUGAUCAUCAUGAUUUGUGGAAAUCGGUCAAUUCAUCUGGAAAGUAUGGAUUACAGAGUUGUAGUAGAGACCAUCAUAAUUUGAAUAAGGGACCUCUUAUAUUGGAGUCUUCACAUAAUAGCCCUGAUGGUGGAGCUGUUGAGAUGCGUGAGACAGAAAACAUUGAUCGGAGGGAGAGUUCCAGUGAUAGCCACCGCAAUAGUUUUCCUCAAAGUGCUUCAAUUGGUGGUUUGAGAGAGAAUAUGUGGUCAGAUUAUGCUGAUGGGCGUAGUUUACCUGGAGGCCAAGAGAGGUCUUCCAGUCAAACUGCAAAACGAGGCCCAGUAGAGCAGAAAUUCCAGUAUCAUCCCAUGGCAGAUGUGAAUAUGGAUUUGGAUUCUUCUUAUGCAGCAAAAAACGUUUUGCAUUCGCAAUCCAUGUCUCAGAAGCUUUCCACGGGAGUUAAAGGCCAAGAAUUAAACCCAAGAUUUCUUAGUUCAUUGAACACUAAUGUCACUGAUAUGGAGAAGGGUAGGGUAUUUUUCAAUGGACCUGUUAAUGCCGCACGUGGAGUAUCAUCUGGUGGGGUUCAUCCUGGCUACUUACCUAAUAUGUCUGCUCCUUUCAUCACAUGCAGUGGAAUUGCCUCACCAAACCAACAUAUAUCAUCCAGCCAGAACAUGCUCGAGCUUUUUGACAAGGUUGAUCAAUCCAAGGAGCAAAAUACUGCCUCACAGUCACACCUCAAUUCUACUGAUUACAAUAGGUUUUCUGAGAUAUCUGCUAGUGGACUGGCUGGACCUAGACAGGGUCAGUGUUUCUCAUCUCAUGGUUUUGGUUUACAACUAGCUCCACCAUCUCAAGGAAUUGCUCCUUCAAAUCUAAGUGAUGCUGUUCAAAGCUCCUCUAGAACUGCUGAAUCUCCCAGUUCGGAUCAUGUACCUACUGAGAAAGGAGAUGAAACUUAUCCAUGGUGGGCUUCCACUUCAGGAUCUUCUGCUCACUGUUUACCUCCUUCUCAUCAACCAACUCAACUGGAAUCAGGGAAUGAAUCUGGAAGGCUGGAAAAUAAGGGUUCCGAUGUUUUAGCUUCCAAUUUUAAGGAGAAUAUAUCUGAUUCUUUCUCAUCGGUUCCCAAUAUGAGAAGUCCACUUCAGAAUCAGCUGUGGACUGCGCCUGGAGGAAAUACUACAAGUGAGCAAUCUGCUACUGUGUCUUUUAACAGGCAUGCGUACCACGACCAGUCAAAUGAAUUGCAACCUUCGGCUAUGAUCAAUCAGUCUGUCUGUAAUCCACAAAACAAUGUGGUGCCUGGAAGGGAUAUCAAUCAAUCAGGUUUGAGUGAUUUGACCCGCCAGAUGCCUGUCUCCCUCCAUUCUGAUAUGUUUGGGAUGCCUCGGAAGGAUAGCCUGCCACCUCUAGGAUCUAAUCUAUGGACUUCUCAGCAACAAUUAUUGGGUUCUGCUGCUUGUAAAGCUCCUGAGAUCAAGUCUCAAUUUCAAUUAUCUGAUGCUUCGAAAAUGUCUUCUUCCCAACCGAUGAAAGAUGGGAAAGAUGUUCCCAAUAGAGUUGAUGCUUUUAGUUCGUUGGUAACCGUAGGUGGGGAGUCCGAAACAGAAGAAGCACGAUCUUCUGUAAAGACAUUUGAUACAUCUCUGGAAGAACCUUCUAUGAGGCAUCUACGGAGUGCGUCUCCUUCAAGUUCUGCCAUCAACCAAAAAGGUAUUGAACCAUAUCAUAAUUUUGUAAGACCUUAUAAUAAUGCGCAUAAUAGCUAUAUUUUGCCGCAUCAAAUGCAAAACAUAAGGAAUGUGGCUUCUGACCCAAGCCAUCGGGAAUCAAAAAGAUUGAAGGGACAAGAUGAUGAUCUUAAUCGUCAACAGGUAGCGGAACAGUUAGAGGGGCCUGUCGCAGGCAGUAUGAAUAGUAUGGUCAGAGAACCGUCAAUGAACCAGACUACAGUUUCUGUUGAAGAUGCCAAGAUGUUAGGCUUUUCGCCUCAUCUAGGUAAUCGAAAUAAGUCUUUUCAGUUACUGCAUGGAACUUUUGCUUCCCAGGAUCUCUUCUCAAUCGGUCAUAGUGAUCCUCAGAAAUUUGGAUCUGGUAAAUUUCCUUGUCAAUCUGAGGAAACUGGCAUAAGUCCACAGAUGGGCCCAUCCUGGUUUGAGCAGUAUGGAACCGUCAAACAUGGGCAAUUGUUAGGUGGACAUAAUGCGCCUAGACUUCCAAUGGUGCAGAAUGUUGAACAGCAGUUCAUCAGUGGAAAACCUCCGAAAAAUUUAGCGAUGCACAAUUCAGCGCAGUCAACUGCUACUGUAACAGAUGCUGCUCAGAUUGUUAAUACUUGUCAAGAAGUAAAUGCAUGUAUUCCAAGUGAGCGUGUUUCUUCUCUGCAUGCAUUGGUCCCCCAUGUCUCAGCUACAUGUUCAGAAUCUGCGGCGCCCAAGAAACGGAAGACUGCUACAUCUGAUCUUCUUCCAUGGAAUAAAGAGAUAGAAUACUGUCUCAAGCGGCUUCAGAACAUAAGUUCAGCAGAAGUAGACUGGGCACAAUCAUCAACUCGAUUAAUGGAAAAGGUUGAAGAUGGAACUGACAACAGUGAAGAUCUAUUGCCAAUGAUUAGACCAAAGAGAAGGCUUCUCAAAACAACUCAACUUAUGCAGCAAGUGUUUCAAACCCCUUCAGCAGGAGUCCUCUCACUUGAUGCAAGUUCCAACUACGAAGCUAUUGUAUAUUCUCUUUCAAGAUCUGUAUUAGGUGAUGCAUGCAGCCUAACUAGUGGUGUGGAUGGUAGUACACCUGUUGAAAGUGGAAACCUCCUUUGUGGGGAAGUCCAAACAUCAGAGAGGAUUCGCGAUCAGUACUUCACAAAAGCUGUGGAAGAUUUUGCUAGUAGGGAGAAGGAGCUGGAAAUUGAUAUACUAAGAUUGGACAAGCGUGCAUCAAUUUUGGACAUUAGGCUGGAAACUCAAGAUCUAGAGAGGUUUUCUGUCAAUUGUCGUUUUGAAAGGUUCCACGGUCGAGGUCAAGUUGAAUGGGCCGAGACCUCAUCGCCCUUAGAUGCAGCUGUAACAUUUCUUAAACCUAGCCCACUGAGAUAUGUUUCUGCUCGUCCCAUGCCUAGGAAUGUCCCUGAGGGUGUAGAAUGUCUUUCACUUUGAUCAUCAUUAAUUUAAUUGAUUUUCUUCCCAAAUUGGGUCUAUUGUCUCCACAUCCCCUAAUUUCAAUCAAAAGAUGGUCUCCUUUGCGAAAGCGAGGCUGCUUUAUCUUAUCAAAUCUAAGGUAAUUAUGUUAUUCUUACGUUAAAUUGCUCCCACCAGUGUUUUUAUACAUAAUAUCGGGAAAACAAAUGUGUGUCGUGGCUGUUAGAAGUGUUUAAAAAGUAGGGGUACCAUAAGGUUAGCAAAUUGAUAUUUAUGCUUGCUCUGGUGCCUUGAAAAUUUCUUGGUCAGUUCACCGUGAACUAGAGAUUUAUUUUCGAUUCAUCCCCUUACAUAAAUGUUUCUAUUUUUUCUUCCAUUUAUAAUUUUUUUUUCCGGAUCCUUGUGUAUGAUAGACUAGAUUUGCAGAUGCUACAAUUUUAUUCCGACGAAAAGGUUAGGUUGGGGAAGGAGGGUUAGGAAGAAGGCGGGUUGGAGGGAAAUCGGUUCUGUAGAUAAAAAUCGGGAUUUGCAACAUUCAUGUUGCUAUAGCCUAUAUGUAAAGAAUUUAAAGAUGAAUUGCCAUUAUAGUAUAACAUUUAUUUGCAUUUUCUUGUUC